CUCGCUUCCUCUUCCGUCUCUGUUUCCGGUGACAACAAUCAGAAAUAAGCUAUUUUCAAAACUUUGCUAGCUUGCGUAUUUAUUUAUCCGUGAGCAUUUAUACGAGAAACACAACUUUUUCCUCUCGUGGUUGUCUUCAUAAUCAAGAUAGCUACAUUUGGUGGGUGACAAUCAUACAAAGUAGCAAGGGUACGUUAGCUAACAGACACGUUUAGCUAUCUUGCUACAACUAUGCAAGCUUAUAUAGGUUACCAACGGCGACGUAAAAAUCUAGCUAGGUAGGUUGUAACCAAAACUUACUCCGCAGAAUGUAAUGUGAAGGUGUUGACCUAACCAGAGACACUCUUGUCAACAAGAUGAAGAACAAAUCUGUGAAAAAGCAACACAAAAUCAGGAGGUCUAAACACCAUCGAGAACCCAUCAAAACAGAGUGUGAAACACAGUCAGAUGAUGUUAACUGCAAAAGAGAAGAACCAGACAUUAGCCAAGCUCCCUCUCCCAACACGAAAGGGGUCACUUCCAACUCCAUCCAAAUUAAAGAGGAACCAGCAGACUUUGAAGUACAGAGUCAUUGCUUGGAUUCUAGAGCACUCCACAAGGAUUCUGGAUCCGUCAUAACCAAGACUGAAACAGAUUCCGUUUACAUUAGCCAAGGAACAGUAGAGAUAAAAGCAGAGUAUGAUUCUGAUUCUGAAAUACAUAAGGUGGUGGUUAAGAGAGAAACUCAAGUGUGUUUCAUGAAGGAGGAAAAUGUGGGUGAAGAAAACACAGAUGAGGACACCGAAGACGGGAGGGAUACUGACAGCAACAGAGUCUCUUCUCCUCAGUUCUUUCCUUGCACAUACUGCACCAUCUCCUUCACCAACCAUUCCUUCCUGGAGAAGCACAUCAAGUGGAACCACCAGAAGGAGUAUCUGGCCAUGUUGAGAAACAGUUUUUCAAAGAGCAGUGGAACAGAGACGGUCCCAGCACACAGCUGCCUCCACUGUAGCCUCAUGUUCCAAACCCCACAGCUGCUUAGUAUCCACACCCGCCAGAUCCACCCUUCAGUCACUCCCCGGAAACCUGCCCGUCCCCACAGGGUUUCGGUGAAACUCUACACCUGCCCACAGUGUGCCCGCAGAUUCAGGUACCUGGGCAGUCUGCAAAACCACUGUGAGCUUUCACACAAAAUGGCUGUUGUCAGCACCAAUGGACACCUCAGUUGUGCCGAUUGUGGGAAGAGCUUCAAGAAUUGUUGGGGACUGGGACCUCACCAGUGUCACGAACCAGAGGGCACUGAACCUCAGGACAUUAAGCCUGUGGUCUGUCUUGAAGUCGGCUUCCAUUGCUCAGAGUGUGGCAAGAUCCUCUGUAGUCCUCAGAGCCUGAACAUUCACAUGCGAAUUCACACCGGAGAGAAGCCUUAUGCCUGCAAGGAGUGUGGCAAAAGAUUUGCGGAGAGCGGCAGUCUAAGCAAACACCUGCUGAUACACUCUGGAGUCAAGGCAUUCAAAUGCCAGGAAUGCGGGAAGGAUUUUGCCCGUAUGAAGGGUCUCAGGAGUCACAUGACCACUCAUUCUGGCAAAAAGCAGUACUCCUGCUCCCACUGUGACCGGCAGUUUGGAUACAAGUCUAGUCUGACCAUUCACCUACGCUCUCACACAGGGGAGAAACCCUUUCACUGCACAGAGUGUGGUAAAGAUUUCUCUAUCAAGAGAAACCUGAGGCUUCACCUAAAGAUCCACAACAAUGAGAAAGGCCACCAGUGUGGAGAGUGCGGCCUGAAGGUGAUAGACAUUGGGGCGUUGAAGACACACAUGCGCUCACACACCGGCGAGAGGCCUUACCACUGCACAGUGUGCAGCAAGCAGUUCAUUCGACUGGAACAUCUGAAGAACCACCAACGCACUCACACAGGUGAGAGACCAUACGUCUGUUCGGAGUGCAGCAAGAGCUUUGCUCAGUCUGGAGAUCUCACAAAACACAUACGUACCCACACUGGAGAGAAGCCAUAUGAAUGUUCUGUCUGUCACGGCUGCUAUACCUCUUCAGGGGAUCUGGGCAAACACAUGAGGAUCCACAAUGGCUCACGGCCCUUUCCCUGCCAGGAGUGUGACAAAAGCUUCCGCUUGGUCGGCCACCUUAAAACUCACAUGAGGACCCACACUGGUGAGAGACCGUACUCCUGCCCCCGCUGCCUGCGGACCUUCGCUCGCACCCACCACCUCUCUGUUCACCUGGCUCAGUGUCGCUGAUUGAUGAUAAUGAUUUGCCUGGUUGUGUUGCGCCUUUCUCAAAUUCAUUGCUUUAUGGGGGUAACUCACCCUUUCCACUACUCCCAAUUAGAGGUCGACCGAUGAUGAUUUUUCAACGCCAAUACCGAUUAUUGGAGGGCCCAAAAAAACGAUGAAUCGGCCGUUUUUUUUAAAUUAUUUUUUUUCAUUUUAUAUAUAUAUAUAUAUUAAUUAUUUGUAAUAAUUACAACAAUACUGAAUGAACACUUAUUUUAACUUAAUAUAAU